CCGCUGUCACGUGACUCGGGCUGAGCGCUUCCUGCGGCGGUGCAAAACAGACUGGCGAUCUGAGGAACGGAGAAUUGCAGUUUCUGGGUGGAAGAAGUGAACCCAGUGAUGGCCUCGGCUCCUAUAGCACCUUACAACUCCAGUCCUCUGGGGAACAGCUCCAGCCCAAACGCGUCCAGAGAGAGCCUGAAGAUGGAGCCGCUGGCAGAUGUUGCCAUGCUGCCGGGAGAAGAGAGAGUGAUCGAUAAAGAGAUCAUUUACAUCUGCCCCUUUAAUGCUGCAGUCAAAGGGAAGGUGUUCAUCACCAACUACAGACUAUACUUCAAGAACACUGACUCAGAUACACCCAUUACCCUGGACGUUCCCUUAGGGGUCAUAAGCCGUGUAGAGAAGAUGGGCGGAGCCUCUAGUCGAGGAGAGAACUCGUACGGGCUUGAAAUCACCUGCAAGGACAUGAGGAACCUGCGCUUUGCUCUGAAGCAAGAAGGCCACAGUCGAAGAGACAUCUUUGACAUUCUUUUCAAAUAUGCUUUCCCACUGUCUCAUGGAAUGCAACUCUUUGCCUUUCUGAGUCAGGAGAAGUAUGAGGAGAAUGGCUGGAACGUUUAUGAGCCCAUGGAUGAGUACAGGAGACAGGGUGUACCCAAUAGUGAAUGGAGGGUCACUUUCAUCAAUAAGAGCUACGAGCUGUGUGACACCUAUCCCACAGUUCUUGUUGUUCCAUACAAGGCCACAGAGGAAGAUCUUAAAAGAGUUGCUACCUUCCGUUCCCGCUGUCGCAUCCCGGUGUUGUCGUGGUUCCAUAAAGACAACCAUGCUGUGAUCACGCGGUGUAGCCAGCCAUUGGUGGGAAUGAGCGGCAAGCGCAACAAAGAUGAUGAACGUUAUUUGGACCUAAUCCGUGAGGCCAAUGGUACUACCAAACUCACCAUCUAUGAUGCCAGGCCUAAUGUCAAUGCUGUGGCAAACAAGGCCACAGGAGGGGGUUACGAGGGCGACGAUGCAUAUCAGAACGCUGAGCUGGUCUUUCUGGACAUCCAUAAUAUCCAUGUCAUGAGGGAGUCACUGAAAAAGUUAAAGGACAUUGUCUACCCCAAUGUGGAGGAGUCUCAUUGGCUUUCCAGCCUGGAGUCCACCCACUGGCUAGAGCAUAUUAAGCUGGUGCUAUCAGGAGCCAUCCAGGUGGCUGAUAAGGUGUCUUCUGGGAGCUCUGUGGUGGUGCACUGCAGUGACGGCUGGGACCGCACAGCUCAGCUCACCUCUCUGGCCAUGCUGAUGCUGGAUUCAUAUUACAGGAGUUUCAGGGGCUUUCAGGUGCUGCUGGAGAAGGAAUGGAUCAGCUUCGGACACAAGUUUGCCUCAAGAAUCGGCCAUGGAGACAAGAACCAUGCAGAUCAGGACAGGUCACCUAUCUUUUUGCAGUUUAUUGACUGCGUGUGGCAAAUGACUAAACAGUUCCCAACAGCGUUUGAGUUUAAUGAGCGUCUCCUGGUGGUAAUCUUGGAUCACCUGUACAGCUGCCGUUUUGGCACUUUCCUCUACAACUGUGAGAGUGUCCGUGACAGCAAUAACGUUCGGGGGAAGACGGUGUCUCUGUGGUCUUUUGUCAAUAGUGAUACAUCCUUGUACAUAAACCCCUUCUACACACCCGAGUCCAGUCGUGUGCUUUACCCUGUAGCCAGCAUGCGCCACCUAGAGCUUUGGGUGACUUAUUACAUCAGGUGGAACCCUCGCAUACAACACCAGCAACAGAGUCCAGUGGAGCAGCGCUACAAGGAGCUACUUGCGAUGAGGGAUCAGUACCUGAAGAAACUGGAAGAGCUGAAGCUCUCGGACUCCACCCCAUCCUCCACCCACUUGACAAACAGCUCCACCCCCAACGCUGCCACGCCCAAUCAGCACAUCACACACUUACAGACACCGUUUUGAUCCCACCCGCAAACAAAAGUUUGGACAUUUGUACAUAGCAAUAGUGAUAAUUACGGUAAUACGAUUAGUAGUGAUGUCGACGAUAACGAGUAACAAAACAAUUAUGCAAUAAAUCACAGUACGGCCUUCAUCACGCAAAAAAAAAAAAAAAAAAAAAAAAAAAACGAAAAGAGAA